AGCCCGGGUCUCAGUGGAAAGAGCCUUGGGCUUAUCACAGGUUCUGUCUGGAUCAUCUGUGGCGUUUCUCCAGGCUACGACCACAAUAUGGAGUUUCUUGUGGAGCAGGCUGGUUUGUCAAGUAAGAAUGAAGAAUUUGAUUCCUACAUGAAGAAGAUCAAAGACAAUAAUCCAGAAGCUUGGAAAUUGUUAGACCAAAUCCCUCCACAUCAAUGGGCUCUAGCUCAUGACAGUGGGGGUGUGAUGAUUCUGUUUGAUGAGCUGAGAGACGCUUUUGACGAGUCUUUUAGCCGUAGCCGAGGUUUUCUUAACCGCGGUGAUGUGUACACAGAACAUGUCAUGAAAAAGCUUGAAGAGUUCAUGAAAGGUUCUGCUACUUGGGUUAUAACGCUCUUCGAAGGAGAUGCAUAUCAGGUCAACUUCGAAGGGAUUGUUCAGUUGAAUGAGUCAACUUGCACUUGUGGAGAGUUUCAAAGGAACAAGUUCCCAUGUCUGCACGCUCUAGCAGUCUGUAAUGAGCUGAAUAUCAACCCGUUGCAGUAUGUAGACGACUGUUACACUAUUGAACGGUAUCACAAAACGUACGCGGCUACAUUUUCCCCUGUUCCGGAGUUAUCAGCUUGGCCGGAAGGUUCUGGCGUUCCAACAUUGCUUCCUCCGGUCAUUGAGCAGCCUCCACCUCAAGUAUCAGGGAAAGAGACCGAGGAUGUUCAUCUCGAAGAAGAAGAAGAUGAUGAUGAUGAAGAUUAUGAAGUCGAAGAUGAUGAAGAUGAAGAAGAUGAUGAAGAAGAAGAUGAUGAAGAAGAAGAAGAUGAAGAUGAGUGGUCAACUUGUGUCUCUGUUUGUCUUCCUAAUCCGUACUCUGUUUUUUCUCUUCUUUUGGAGGAAAAAAAAAUGGAAUGGAUAAAAUCAAUGCCCAAAGUCGAGCUUCAUGCUCAUCUCAACGGCUCCAUUAGAGACUCUACUCUUCUAGAGCUUGCUAGGGUUCUUGGUGAGAAAGGUGUUAUUGUGUUUGCUGAUGUUGAACAUGUCAUUCGAAAAAAUGAUCGAUCUUUGGUUGAAGUCUUCAAGUUGUUUGAUUUGAUCCAUAAGAUCACUACUGAUCACAAAACCGUGUCAAGGAUCACUAGAGAAGUUGUAGAAGAUUUUGCUUUAGAGAAUGUGGUGUAUCUCGAGUUAAGAACAACUCCAAAGAGGAAUGAUUCGAUAGGUAUGAGUAAACGGUCUUACAUGGAUGCGGUAAUCCUAGGUCUGAGAUCUGUCAGUGAAGUCGAUAUUGAUUUUGUUACGGCAUCUGAUUCUCAAAAACUGCUCAAUGCGUGUGAUGGAAUUGAAAGAAAGAAGAUUUAUGUUAGACUUCUUCUUAGUAUUGAUCGUAGAGAAACAACAGAGUCCGCAAUGGAAACUGUUAAGCUCGCAUUGGAAAUGAGAGAUGUCGGGGUUGUUGGUAUCGAUCUUUCAGGGAAUCCUCUUGUUGGAGAAUGGAGCACUUUCUUGCCUGCAUUACAAUUCGCGAAAGACAAUGAUCUUCACAUCACUCUUCACUGUGGAGAGGUCCCCAAUCCGAAAGAGAUCCAAACCAUGCUUGAUUUUAAACCGCAUCGAAUUGGCCAUGCUUGUUUCUUCAAAGAUGAAGAUUGGACAAAGUUGAAAUCUUUCCGGAUUCCGGUUGAAAUAUGUUUAACAUCCAACAUCAUAACCAAAUCGAUAUCUUCCAUCGAUAUCCACCAUUUCGCUGAUCUCUACAAUGCCAAGCAUCCAUUGAUUCUAUGCACUGAUGAUUUUGGAGUAUUCUCCACUAGCCUCUCCAAUGAGUACGCUCUCGCUGUUGGUUCCUUUGGUCUUGGUAAAAGAGAAACCUUUGCAUUGGCUAGAACAGCCAUAGACGCAACGUUUGCAGAAGAUGAAGUUAAGCAACAACUUUGGUUGAUUUUUGAUUCAGCCUCGCCAGAAUCUCUGAGAAAGCUAAUUGAAAUCAAUCACCGGAAAACUAGACCAUUCUUCACCGCCGCCACCGCUUCAUCGCCUUCCGGCGGAACCGUUUCUCUGAUCCCACCGCAGUUUUCGCCGUUGUUCCCACAUUUCUCACAUCGUUUAUCUCCGCUCUCGAAAUGGUUCGUUCCUCUUCAUGGACCUCUCUUCCUCUCUUCUCCUCCUUGGAAACUGCUUCAGUCUGCUACACCUUUGCAUUGGCGAGGAAACGGCGCUGUUUUGAAGAAGGUCGAAGCUCUGAAUCUCAGAUUGGAUCGAAUUAGAAACAGAACUAGGUUUCCGAGACAGUUAGGGUUACAGUCUGUAGUACCAAACGUAGUGACGGUGGAUCGCAACGAUUCAGAGGAAGAAAAUGGUGGAAUAAUCAAGAGUUUUGUCAAUGUGCCUAAUUUGAUAUCAAUGGCAAGAUUAGUAUCUGGUCCUGUGCUUUGGUGGAUGAUUUCGAAUGAGAUGUAUUCUUCUGCUUUCUUAGGGUUGGCUGUUUCUGGAGCUAGUGAUUGGUUAGAUGGUUACAUGGCUAGGAGGAUGAAGAUUGAUUCUGUGGUUGGCUCUUACCUCGAUCCUCUUGCAGACAAGGUUCUUAUCGGAUGUGUCGCAGUAGCAAUGGUGCAGAAGGAUCUCUUACAUCCUGGACUGGUUGCAAUUGUGUUGUUACGGGAUGUUGCACUCGUUGGUGGUGCAGUUUACCUAAGGGCAUUAAACUUGGACUGGAAGUGGAAAAAUUGGAGUGACUUCUUCAACCUCGAUGGUUCAAGCCCUCAGAAAGUAGAACCAUUGUUUAUAAGCAAGGUGAAUACAGUUUUCCAGUUGGCUCUAGUCGCUGGUGCAAUACUUCAACCCGAGUUUGGGAAUGCAGAUACCCAGACAUGGAUCACUUAUCUAAGCUGGUUAGUUGCUUCGACGACUAUGGCUUCAACUGCAGCUUAUGGAGUACAAUACUGGAAGAAGACACCUAUCUCUAUGAUUAAGAGAUCAUAGUUCCAGACAUUUAUUAACUUCACACGACAGCCCAUACCGAAAGAAGCUUGAACAUGUGUUGUUGUUUUCCGGAAUACGCAGCUCUCAUUUUUUUCACUGCAAACUUAAAUAUAGAGAAAGCGAGAAAGGAAGAACUAGUUUAACAUUUGAAAAACGAUGUCUUGGCUUUUUCUUGUACAAAAAAAUAGGCUUCUCGUAAUUUUCUUUUCUUCCGAUCUUCUGGUAAAAAUAAUUCUGAAGUUGGGUG